AAGCUCCUCCAGUCCCUCCCAACGUACAUGGUGCCCACGCUGUACAUCCCGGUGGAGGCGAUGCCCACCAAUGCGUCGGGGAAGCUCGACCGGCAGGCUCUACGCACAUACCUGAACAGCCUCUCGACCUCGGACCUGCAACAAUACAUGCCAAAUGCAGGGCCCAAAGCGGUUCCCUCGACGGAGAUGGAGCAACGGGUGCGUGACUGGUGGGUCAAGACGCUGGCCAUCGCACCAGACACCAUCGGCCGCGAGGAUGACUUCUUCCAGAUUGGCGGUGAUUCUGUCGCCGCGAUGCGCAUGGUGGCAAUCCCCGACGCGCGUCAACACCACCUGACUGUCGCGGAGAUCUUCCAACAUCCGAUUUUGUCGGAUCUCGCUCGCAGUGUGAAAGGACGGGCCAUGGCGAACAUGGAGAAGCAGACCGAAGAGGCCGAUCCUGAACCCUUUGCCCUGUGGCAAGUGCCUGGAGACGCGCAAUCCCCAAGCCGCACUCUUCAACAACGGCUCGCACGCAUUGCUCAACAGUGUGGUGUCACGGUGGAGGAGAUUGAGGACAUCUACCCCUGUACCUCGAUCCAGGAGGGUCUUAUCGCAGUCACUGCCCACCAACCCACGGCCUACGUGAGUCGACAGGUGUAUCGACUGGGAAGCUCGAUCGACGUGGAUCGCCUCCAGGCAGCCUGGCACACGUUGGCUGCCGUAACCCCCAUCCUGCGCACGCGUAUCGUGGUGGACCUGGAGGAGGACAGUCAGGGCGGAUCGUUGCAGGUGGUGGUCCGAAGCCCCCUAGUCUGGCACCAUAGCACCGAUCUCGAUCAGUACGUGGCUGCAGAUGAGGCGCAGGGCAUCCAACUCGGUCAGUCCCUGGUGCGCUUUGCGCUGGUUCAGCAUCCCACCGAGCGCUUCCUGGUCUGGACGGCGCAUCACAGCGUCUACGACGGCUGGAGCGCCGCCCUGCUGUACCGACAUCUGGUCGAUAUCUACCUUCAUGACCGCAUCCCUCCCACGGUCCCCUACACCCGGUUCAUCCGGCAUCUGCUGCGCCGAGAUUCUGCCUCCGACGCCCAAUACUGGUCGACGAAGCUGCAGGGGGACCUGGUUGUCAAUUGGCCCCCCUUGCCUCGGGCAGACUAUCAGCCCAGGCCCAUGCACCGCGACGUCUACACGAUGCGCCUGCCGCGCUCGACGGUCCACCAUCACCCCGCCUCGCUACUGCCCACCAUCAUCCGGGCCGCAUGGGCGAUGGUUAUGGCCACACAGGCGGGCCAAGGCCACCGCGUGGUCUUCGGGAUGACGCUCGCCGGCCGCAAUCUUCCAGUGUGGCAGGUGGCCGAACUGGCAGCGCCAACGAUCACCACCGUGCCGGUGCGUGUCGAUGUCGACCCGGACCAGUCAGUGCGCGACUUCCUGCGCACGGUGCAACAGCAGGCGACGGAAAUGAUCGAGUUCGAGCACGCCGGCUUGCACGGAAUUGGGAAGCUGGUGCCCGAGCUCCGUCCUGUGCUCGAGGUGCGCAAUCUGCUGGCCAUCCAGGCUGACUGGGGCGACGAGGGAACAAACUUGCCCGGUCUGGAGGCGCUGCCUGUGAAUUUACAGGGGUUUGACAUCUACGGCUUGACCGUGCAGUGCUCGCUUGGGGACGACAUCAUCACCGUCGAAACACGCUACGAUGAGAAUGUUAUUCCAAGUCCUCACGUCCGGCGACUCGUGCGCAGCUUGGAACAUGUGGUGCAGCAGCUCUACAGCACCCGCUCCGGCCGCGAGCGACUCGGCGAUAUCUCUCUCGUUAGCCCCGAGGAUAGAGCCGCCAUCCUGCAGUGGAAUCGCACGGCACCUCCGCGCAUUGAGCGGUGCAUCCAUCACCUCGUGGCAGAGAAAGUCGCCCAACACCCCGAUGCCACCGCCAUCUGUGCCUGGGACGGCAAUGUAACUUACCAGGAACUGGCAACCCAAGCGAACCAGCUCGCCUGGUAUCUCCAGACUUUGCAAGUUGGCGCAGAGACUAUGGUCGGGUUGUGCAUGGAUAAGUCUAGAUGGGCGGGCGUAGCCAUGCUCGCGGUGCUUCAAGCUGGCGGAGUAGUUGUUCCGCUGGGUGUGGCCCAUCCCCCGGCUCGUUUAGCUGGUAUCCUGGAGGACACCAAGGCGCAGAUCAUCCUAGUCGAUGCGGAGCAACGAGAUCGACUCGCUAGUUCUGAUCUCUCCGAGAAUGUACAGCUCGUGGUAGUUGAUGCUACUCUGCUACGCACCCUGCCAGUACGGGAGGAAAUCCAUGCGACGGUCAACCCAGAGAACGCGGCCUGGGUCAUCUAUACCUCGGGCAGUACAGGGAAGCCCAAGGGAGUGGUCUUGCAACAUCGCGCUCUUUGCAGCAGCAUCCAGGCCCACGGGUCGCGGUUUGGUAUGGGGUCGCACACGCGAAUGCUCCAGUUCGCCGCCCAUACCUUCGAUGCCUGUAUCCAAGAUUACUUCACCACCCUCGUCUGGGGCGGCGUGGUCUGUGUACCCAGCGAGGCAGAUCGUAUGAGCAACCUGACACAGGCGAUGCACACGAUGGAGGUGACGUUCGCAACCCUGACCUCGACGGUGGCCCGCUUGAUCCAUCCCCGGGAUGUACCAUCAAUGCAGCAACUGGCCCUGGUUGGCGAACCGGUCAGGCCAGACGUGGUUGCACAGUGGCUGCCCUAUGUCACCGUUCUGAACGCGUACGGCCCAUCGGAAUGCUCGAUCCACUCAACGUGCAGUGCGCCCUUGACCGAUCCCAAGCAGGCCGCCAUCAUCGGCACCGGCAUGGGCACGCGGCUGUGGGUCGUCGACGUGGCCGACUAUCAUCAAUUGUGCCCCAUCGGGGCGCCCGGCGAGCUGCUGAUCGAAGGGUCAUUGCUGGCGCGGGAGUAUCUGAACGAUGAGGUCAAGACUCGAGCGGCGUUCGUCGUCGAGCCGGCCUUCCUCCAGGAGCUCGCGCUCCACGACAAUCCAGCAGCCCACCCAUCUCACCGACGGCGACGUAUGUAUCGGACGGGGGACCUGGUGCGUCAGAACGAGGAUGGGUCAAUCACCCAUCUCGGCCGGCGGGACACGCAGAUCAAGAUCCGCGGCCAGCGGGUCGAGGUGGGCGAGAUUGAGUAUCAGAUCACCCAGCAGCUGGCGGGUGCACGAUCCGUAGCAGUAGAGCUAGUGCAGGACCCAGGCGCUGAGCAGGUCAGUCUGACCGCGGUGGUGGAUUUCCAGGAAGGCGUGGCCUAUCGUGAGGGAACCGUCCUGGCGCAUGGGUUACUGCAGCCCACGCCGGCCCUCAACACGGCCCUGCGACAGCUGCGCGGCACGCUGUUCCAGCUGCUGCCUACCUACAUGGUGCCGGCGGUGUUCCUGCCCAUUAUCGAGAUGCCGUUAAACGCCUCAGGGAAGUUGGACCGCCGCGCCAUCAGAGAUCUAGUGACAGCCAUCUCCCCGGCGGACCGCCAGCCCUAUCUGUCGACGAGGAAGGAAGUUGGUGACGAGCCUAUCACCCCGCUGCAACGCCAGCUGCAGGAGCUCUGGGCCAGUGCCUUGCGCGUAUCUGUUUCUCAAAUCAAUAUCCACGACAAUUUCUUCCAGAUUGGCGGCGACUCGGUGGUCGCGAUGCGCAUGGUGGCGAGCGCAGCAGGCCGUGCACUCCAAGUCACCGUGGCGGAUCUCUUCCAGCAGCCUCGAUUGGUGGAUCUGGCAGAACGCUUGAGCAGCCGAGUGCAGACCCAGAGGCCAGAGACCAGAGAGGAUGCGGAUCCUGAGCGAUUCUCUUUGUGGUUCGGUGACGAUAGCCCCGAUGAGACGCAGGUGCAAGAUCGGUUGCAGGAGAUCGCGAAGCAAUGCGGGACGGCCGUGGGGAAGAUCCAGGACGUCUAUCCGUGCACGCCCUUGCAACAAGGCCUUAUGGCGAUUACGGGUCGACAGCCCGCGGCCUAUGUCAACCGCCAGACCUUUACGCUGGACCCGGGUCUGGAUCUCGAUCGCUUCCAGGACGCCUGGCGGACCCUGGUGGCUGUGACGCCCAUUCUCCGCACGCGCAUUGUUGUUGGCAGUGAUUCUGCCACGGCCCUGCACCAGGUCGUCCUCGAUGAUGAGAUAGUCUGGCACCACGGUAGCAAUCUGGAGGAGUAUCUGCGCGCCGAUCAGCAGCAGGAAAUGGGACUGGGAACACCGCUGGCGCGAUACGGGUUGGUUCAGGACCAGGAGUCUGGCCAGCGGUUCUUUGUGUGGACAGCCCACCACAGCUUGUAUGAUGGGUGGAGCACCCUUCUGCUGUAUCGUCAUCUUGCAACUAUAUUUGAGUCGGGCGAAGUGCCCUCCUCGGUGCCGUUCACUCGGUUUCUCCGGUUCCUCCGCGACCAGGAGGCCAAGGAGCAGAUUGAUGAUGUUAGUAGGGCAAACGACCACGCCGCGUACUGGACGGAUCAGCUCCAAGGGGACGUGAUGAGCAAUUGGCCUCCUCUCCCUCAUGUCGACUAUCGACCCCGUCCAGGGUUGGAACGGACACGCCAGGUCUCACUCCCUGCACACGGGGCCGGCGGCGACACGGUGACGGCAUCCAACGUGGUGCGGGCUGCCUGGGCGCUGCUGAUGGCCCAGUACUCGGGCCACGACGAUGUCGUCUUCGCCGCCACAGUAUCAGGUCGGAACGCACCGGUGCAGGGGAUUGAGAGCAUUGUGGCGCCCACGAUUACCACCGUCCCCGUGCGCGUGCACGUUGACUGGACGCAAGACGUGACCUCGUUUCUGGACGCGGUGCAACAGCAGGCCGCACAAAUGAUCGACUACGAGCACACGGGGCUCCAGAGAAUCAAGACCCUCAUCCCGCCAGAGUCCGCCCCUGCACUCGAUCUGCGAAAUGUACUGGUGGUGCAGACUGCCGAUGAGGCCGAUGCACUGCACCAAUUCCCCGGCGUCCGGCCACUGACGACCAGCGAGGCGGGCACCGAGUUCGACAGCCAUGCCCUAACUGUCGACUGCACUUUGAGUCCCACCGACCUACGCGUCGCCAUCCGGUACGAUGAACACAUCGUGCCCACACACCAGGUAGACCGCAUCCUCGCGCAUCUCAUCCACCUUGUCCAGCAGUUAUACAACCCUGCAUGUGUCAAGUCGCGCCGCCUGGGCGAUCUAGAUCUCAUCAGUCCCGCGGACCAGGAGCUGAUCUUGGAGCAUAAUGCACAAGUCGACAUCUCGCGUGUCGAUGAGACCAUCCACGAGCUAGUCCGCAAGCAGGUGGUGUCUCAUCCUGAAACCCCUGCCGUGUGUGCGUGGGAUGGGGACCUGUCGUAUCAAGAAUUGUUUGACGAGGCGAUCCACCUUGCGCACUUCCUGGUCGAGAUUGGUGUCGGCCCCGAGACGAAGGUCGGCCUGUGCAUGAAGAAGUCGAAGUGGGCAAUCGUGGCAAUGUUUGGCAUAUUAUUCGCGGGGGGUGUGAUUGUGCCUCUCGGGGUGACGCAUCCUCUCUCGCGCAUCGAGGUGAUAGUCAACGACACCGCGGCCGACGUGAUCCUGGUGGACGCCGAGCAGCGUGCGCGACUAAGCCCCUUAGCUCCCUCUGUCGGCCUGGUCGUGGUCGACGCCGGUCUUCGCACGACCCUGGUGUCGCAGACCAGCGCCCCCACCACCAGCGUGUCGCCUGAUAACGCCGCCUGGAUCAUCUACACCUCAGGCAGUACAGGGACACCGAAAGGCGUGGUCUUGGAGCACGGCGGGCUGUGUACAAGCAUGCAGACACAGGCCCGAAAGAUGAAGAUCACCAGCGAGACCCGCGCUCUGCAGUUCUCCCCUUUCACCUUCGACGUCAGUAUCUCGGAUGUCUCGGCCACACUCAUCUACGGAGGCUGCGUGUGUAUUCCGUCCGAGAGUGACCGGCUCAAUGCCCUCGCCGCCACUAUUCGCAGCAUGCAGGUCAAUUUCGCCAGUCUCACGCCUACAGUGGCCCGAUUGCUGUCUCCCGCUGAUGCCCCGUCGCUACGGACACUGGCCUUGACCGGCGAAGCCCUAACACCCGAAGUCAUCGCUCUCUGGACUCAGCCCGGGGUCGCGAUCUACAAUACCUACGGCCCGUCUGAAGGGUCAGUCUGCACCGCGAAUGGACCGCUGUCACACCCCGAGGAGGCACUCACGAUCGGCACCCCCAUGGCCACGCGCCACUGGGUGGUCCAUCCGCACAGCCAUCACCAGCUGUGUCCCAUCGGUGCGCCGGGAGAACUGCUGAUCGAGGGCCCGCUGAUGGCCCGGGAGUAUCUGAACAACCCCGAUAAGACGGCUGCAGCCUUUUUGGCCCCGCCGGCCUUUCUGUCCUCGCCUUCGGGCUAUCGCAUCUAUCGCACCGGGGAUCUUGUCUGCCAGCACGUGGAUGGAUCCUUCACCUACCUCGGACGACGGGACACGCAAGUCAAGAUCCGGGGCCAACGCGUGGAAAUCGGCGAGAUCGAACACCAGAUCAUGCAGCAAUUGGCCGACGCGGAGACCGCCGUGGUGCAUCUGCUCGAGCACGACGCCAAGAUGACCUUGGUGGCCGUCAUCGAGUUCCGCAAGGUAGGCGAGCAGACCAAGGAUGCAGUCUUGGCGACUCUGCCUCCCACGCCAGUCCUGCGGUCCGCUUUCAAGGCCCUGCGCCAGGGGCUGCUAGAUGUCCUCCCGACAUAUAUGGUGCCUGCGAUGUAUGUGCCGGUCACGGCGAUCCCGCUUAACCUUUCG